GUUCCUCUAAGGGCAAGAUCCAUCAUCCAGCAAAGAUGCAGCUUAUCUAACAGCUGCUUCCAACCAGUACUUGGGAAGGGAGCAAAGCUUGGGUGUCUUUCUUCUGCAGUCACUUCCUGGCUGUACAGUACAAGUAUUUCAGAAUAAACACGCUGGGAAAUAUUUGCACUGUGUGCUUUAAACAGAGUGUGUGUUGUUUACCUGAAGCAAAGAUCUGCCUAUCAAUUAUAUCAUAAAAUAGUCAAGAAAAGGGAAGUUUUAAUCUAGGAAAGAUUCACAGGUGUCCUGAAAUUCGUCCAAUAAUUGUGAACCGUGGCAGUUCUCUGCUUUAUUACUGCUGUUGACAGCAGAGCUGCUGGAGCAAAUACUCCUGGAAAUCUUUUCAUUCUGGCAGUAUCACGUCACAGAUGGAGCUCAAUCUCUGUUUAGACUGCGAAAUGGAUAUGUAGACAUGUAGAAUUUCCUACAGCUCUAUCAGGUUGGGAGCUCAGGACUUGUUCAUAUGGCGGACUGCAGGCGAGCGCCCGGGCUCGUGACCGUUUGCAUCGGCGCAUGGUGUGCUGCAUAUGGGAUGUCCCUGGGGCUGCUGCGGUGGCAAACGGGGUGUCGCUGGUCAAUCUGCAGUGAUGAGCUGUAUUGCUGACCUUCCUCCUUCCUGGCUGUGACUGCUUGCCUUGACAGACUCCUGCUACCUCACAGGGCGAGAGAUGAGCAGUGUGUCUCAAUGUAGACUCUAGCUCCAGCCCUGAGGGGCCCCCAGUGCUUCAUUCCCAGCAAUGAUUCCUCUUCAGAGAUCCCACAACGCAGCCGGAGACCUCGUGCCACACAGGAGGCCCAAUUGUCCAAUAUAAACUGUGUAUUGAGACCACAGCCCAAACUGUUCUUGGGAUACGAGGUAAUUAACUUGGCCCCUUCUUGUUUUAUGCUCAUCUGUCCUAUCCCGUCCUAUACUCCGAUGUAAGGACCACCUUUGGGUUUUGUGUUAGGACAUCUGCAGCGGUGCGCAAGCCUGUGAUGGAGCUAAAGAUUACUCUGAAAGAACUGACUCCCAUUCUGCACUAAACUCUCUGGCAAAGCUGGGAAUUUUCAUGCAAGCAUCAGAGCUCGUGGAUGCAGAAGCUAAGGACACGGACUGGAGGAGCCGUGGCUUUGUGAGAGAAGCCAGGAUGACAAAAAAAAUGAGUAAGGCACUGUUAGAAGAAGUCUUGAGACACCUCCGGUGUGAGCCAAAUACUAUGGCGUUAGGUACUGCCCAGAGAAAGGCUUUGUAAUCAAUCAAGAUAUUUCUCAUAGGCUGUUUAGGCCCUGCUUUAUCCAAGGAACUGGAUUUUUUUUAUGGCUCUUUGUAAAUAAGUAGAAUUUCAUUACAGAAAUAAGAUGGCCUCCAAUAGGAACAAAUGGCAAGACCUGCUCUUUCAUCUAGUUGACCUUGUUCAAGAGAGACUUGUAUUAGUAAGUUAUUGUUCAGUCGAGGUCAUUCGCUUCUUGCAGACCAGGACCCUUGGUUUCAUCUGUUAUCCACCUAACGUCCCGGAGCCCUGUGGUCACACUUUUUGCUGAUGCUGCCCUGGGAAACUGACCGCAUGGCUCAUGGAGUGCAUCAUUUGCGAGUGGCUAAGCAAAUGCGUUGCAGGGAAUGGCUUGGAGACUGAACGGGAGCUGCCAGUUUCCUUGGCACCUGAGCCAGAAAGAAAUCCAUUGCUUUGACUCUAGCUUAGCAGAACUAAAGAGUGACAAGGCAGAGAGUAGCUUUAAGCUGCAGGAAACAGCAGUGUCAGUUCUCCUUGUCAGCCACCCCAAAGAGAGUUCUCAUCAGUUCAAGUGAAAGCAAAUCCAGGUGCUUCUGUGCUUUUUCCAUGGGGGGAGGAAAGAGAGAGCUGCUCCGCCGCUUCCCGGACGGCGACUAUCGUUCUGCUCCGACCAGGCUGUUGCAGACUCACCUUCAGUCCUGCUGAUGCUCCCAGCGAUUCGGCACCGGCUUUGCAGCGGGAGAGCCAAAAAACCCCGUCGCGUAACAGGGCUGCAGAGGCAACUACCGAGAUAGAGUUCGUUUUAAAGAUUAUCGAAUGGGAAAAGAGUUUUGGAAGCACGAUGCGACUGUGGACUUCCAAAAAUCCUGAAGACCUGUGGAGACAGACCACAGCAUAUGAGCAGAGAGGGAAGCCCGGAGCAGGAUCCCUUCCUGCCCACGCCCAGACUCAACACUGCCGGGGCUGCAUCCUGCAAUAAGAAGAGGAAAAGACACUUCAUUCACUGUUGCUAAAAAUGGGAAGCAACAUCUGUAUGGCAGACCAUGAAGGGAAGCUCCAGACCUCUGCCACGGAACAUUCCUGGGAGUGCUUCAGGGACACAGCUCGCUGUCAGUAAGGGCAGCAGGCCAGCAUGGCUCAGAGAGCCCAGGCCAGCAAGACCCAGCUCCUGCUGGUCAACUCCCUGACGUUCGGCCUGGAGGUCUGCCUGGCUGCAGGGAUAACAUACAUGCCGCCGCUACUGCUGGAAGUCGGUGUGGAGGAGAAGUUCAUGACCAUGGUUUUGGGGAUAGGACCUGUCCUUGGCCUGGUUUUUGUCCCACUGAUCGGAUCUGCCAGCGACCACUGGCACAGCAGCUAUGGCCGAAGGCGACCUUUCAUCUGGAUGCUUUGCCUGGGGGUCCUGCUGAGCCUCUUUGUUAUCCCCCACGCCAGCAGCCUGGCCAGCCUGUUCACCCUCAACGCUCGCCCACUGGAGAUUGCCUUCCUCAUCCUGGGCAUCGGGUUGCUGGAUUGCUGUGGCCAGGUGUGCUUCACGCCACUGGAGGCCCUGCUCUCGGACCUCUUCCAGGACCCAGACAACUGCCGCCAGGCCUUCUCCAUGUAUGCUUUCAUGAUCAGCCUGGGGGGCUGCAUUGGCUACCUGCUUCCUGCCAUUGACUGGGGCGGCAGCUUCCUGGCCCCAUACCUGGGAGGGCAGGAGACCUGCCUCUUUGGCCUCCUUGCCAUCAUCUUCCUUGGCUGUGUGCUGGCCACACUCUUUGUGACAGAGGAGGCAGCCACCCAGGUAGAUGUCCUGGAUGGCCCAGAACCGAAGGAUGCUCCCCCUAAGCCCUCACCUCCUGCCUGCUGCUCUUGUCAGCUUUCCAGGAGCUCGUGUCUCCUGCAGGCCAGGCAUGUGAUGCAGGCUCUGAGAAGCCUCUGCACACUGGCGCCACGACUUCACAGCCUCUACUGCCGCAUCCCUAAGGUCAUCCGGCGCCUGUUUGUGGCCGAGUUCUGCAGCUGGAUGGCACUCAUGACUUUCAUGCUGUUCUACACAGACUUUGUCGGGGAAGGGCUGUACCACGGUGUCCCCAGAGCCAAGCCGGGCACAGAUGCCAGACGCCACUAUGAUGAAGGUGUCCGGAUGGGUAGUUUGGGCCUCUUCCUGCAGUGCAUCACGUCCGUCUUCUUUUCGACAAUCAUGGACCGGCUGGUGAAGCAGUUUGGGACGCGCACAGUGUAUCUGGCCAGCGUGGUGUUCUUCCCCGGAGCUGCCUUCGUCAUGUGCGUGUCCCACAGCAUCACCAUCGUUACCGUCUCAGCUGCUCUGACGGGCUUCACUUUCUCUGCGCUCCAGAUCUUGCCAUACACGCUGGCGUCGCUGUAUCAUCAUGAAAAACAGUUUAAGCACUCCUCCCGAAGCGAAUCAGUGGAAAGGGCACCCAGAGUGGCUGUCGCUUCCAGCCUGUGCGGGAUUGUUGUCAAAAGCCCGCGAGGCCACCUCAGCUGGAGCUCUCUGCUUUGCACAGUCUCUGUUUUUUUGCAUAAAUAUAAGAGCAAAGAGGAGGAAGAUGCAACUUGCACGGACAAGAAAUCAGCCUUCUCUAAAGGCCUCCUUUCCAGCCAGAAGCUGCCUUACCAAAAUGGACAUACUGGGAGCCUCUACUCUUCUUCCUCUUCCCCUUCCUCUACUGCAGCCACCAGCUCAGCCCUGUGCGUCAGCUCCUCCUGUGACGUCUCGCUUAUGAUGAUGAUGGGAGAAGCAGACUCAGUGGCUCCUAGUCGGGGGAUCUGCCUAGACCUGGCUGUUUUGGACAGUGCUUUCCUCCUCUCUCAGGUUGUCCCCUCACUCUUCAUGGGGUCCAUCGUCCAGUUUACGGAGUCAGUAACUGCCUACAUGGUGUCAGCUGCUGGUUUCGGCCUUGUAGCCAUUUACUUUGCAACCAAAGUUGUCUUUGAUAAGAGUGACAUGGUGAAGUAUUCGGUGUGAUGCGGAAGGCACAAAGGCAGCGCUCGGGUGCCUGCACGUGGCACAAGAAGAUUUGCGUGUGUGUGUGUUUUCACGUGGCCACUUAUGGGAAGCCUCGCGUGGGACCUGUUUACCCUGUGCUGUUGCAGAGGCCUGGGGUAAGGGGCAGGAGCCACGGGGCAGGGCUAAUCUCAGGUGUAAAUACGAGGCAUUGGGGCAUUGUGCUUCCAACCAUCAGUGCUUUCCAAAGGUGCCUUAAUCAAAAGAAAGCACUGCACAAUGCCAAAGGGCAUCACACAGGGGAGGGAAAGGAAAUGGGACUUUUCCUUUAAGAAUGGGUCAUGUUUUUGAGCAGGAGAGGCGGUGGUAUGAGGCAGGGGGGAAGAAAUCAUGGGUUCUCCCUAUUUUCCAGUUAUAGUUUUAUCCUCUUCUCCCAUGUCAUAGUUCUACCCAACUCCUUGAACGAUGCUUCCGCAAAUAGAACACUGGAAGGAGAUUUCCUUGCAAAAAAAAAGCUGGAUGGCUAAGGUCUGGCCGUGGAGCAAUAGGGGUUCCUACGUGUGCAAGCAUCUUUCCUCACCUCUGUUCUGACUGGGAGAAACCAUUAAGGAGAAAAAUUACUAUGUCUUGUUCUGGAAAAACAAGUAGCAUUUCAUUAGGACCAAUCCCAAAAGGCGAUUGAUCUUUUACCUAUUUACCCAGUUGCGUCAGAUCGUCAGAUGGAAAGGACUUUUUUUAAAUGAUUGUUUUUAGCGUUCCUCACGCAGUUCUCCGUAACUCCCAUCUCUCACUCCUCAGCCUUCAGAACUGCCACUCUAACAGAUCUAGACUGUUGUGCCCCUCGACACCGGGCCCCCAAAAGAUGCUGCCAUAUCACAAGGGAAGUCCGUUCUUGUGAGUUUUUAUGGUAAAGUAGAACAGGAGGAGCUCUUGUGCAAGGCUACCUGGGAACAAGUGUUUCAAGCCUGAGGAAGCUGGAGGAAUUGCUUGCCUGCCGAGCACUAUCUGAACUCAGCAGCAGUCACUUCUGUAGUAGAUGCCUGGAGCUGGUCAUUGUCUGUGUCUGUGUUCCCUCAAAGACGUGUUCCCGAAGCAACCUUCUAAAUGAGACUUUUCAUUCUAGACAGAAAGGUUUUUGGCCGUGCUGGCAGGUGUGCCCAUUCCAGAGCAGACUGCAUCCCAGUGCCCAUGCAGUCCACGGAGGGCCACCGGGAAACAGAGACCCACUCGCAGCCUGUGGAGGAGCCCACGCCGGAGCAGGUGGAUGCCUGAAAGAGGCUGUGAGUCUGUGGGAAGCUCAUCCUGGAGCGAGUUCCUGGAAAGGAUCUGGGAGUCCGUGGGGGAGGUGCCCACACCGGAGCAGAUUUGCUGUCAGGACUCGUGAUCCCGUGAGGGACCCAGGCUGGAGCGGUCUGUCCCUGAAGGACCGUUCUCACGGUGGGUGACCCACCUUGGGGCAGGGCGUGAUGAGCUGCCCCCGUGGGAGGCCCCAUGCCAGAGCGGUUCGCGAGGAGUUGCAGCCCACGGGAAGGACCCACGCUGGAGAAGUUCGUGAGAGACUGUCUCCCGCGGGAGGGAACCUACAGUGUAGCAGUGGGAAGCGUGAGAAGGCCUCGCCGUGAGAAGAAGCAGCGGCAAAGUCCAUCUGUAACGAACUGACCGCAACUCUCAUCCCCUGUGCCACUGAGGGGAAAAGGAAAGGGAGUCUUGGGAAGAGGAGGAGCGGGGAGAGGUGUUUUUAAGACAGUUUUUAUUUCUCAUCUCCCCGCUCUUACUGUUUCCUUAAUAAAUCAACCCUUUUUCUCCCCAAGUUGAGUCUGUUUUGCCC